GCAUAAAUGUGGACAUCUGUAGCAAAAACAUUAGGCUUAACCUCACCCGAGGAAUAUGUCAAGCCUCGUUUAUCGAUUGGCAAUGCUGUGGCUCAUCAAGAGUUUUCGAUCGGUCAUUUCAAGAUACAAGUGGAUCCUGAAGCAAUAGCAUUAGUCGUGAAGAAUGGAAACGGACGUGUUAUCUGGAAAUCAAUACACAACGAACCCUUUCUGUCGUCCACAAUUGGCACAGACGAUAUAAUCACUGAAGGAAAUGGUGUAUUCAAGAUUACGGAGCGUAACGAACGUUCAACUCGCAUACAGACCAUCACAAAGGUCGAAAAGACAGACAAAGACACUAUAAAAAUAUAUGGCGGGCUUGGAGCCAAGUUAGUGCUACCAACCCACAUGGAUUAUGUCUUUACAUUUAAGGAAAUCAGUCAUCGGCAGUUGCAGUUUGAUGUCCAAGUCACGCACAGAGACCCUUCCAUGAAGGAUUUUCGUCGUCUUAUUCUCACGUACGAGUCAAGACCAGAGGAACACUUUUAUGGCUUUGGCGAGCAGUUUUCCUAUGUGUCAUUGAAGGGACAGAAAGUGCCAAUACUAGUCAGAGAGCAAGGUGACGGGACUGGCUCAGCACCGGCUGCAACCAUCAAAGAAACUGCAUUCAACAUGUUUGGAGGCAAUACGGAUAAUUUUGCUACCUAUGCCUCUAUACCACAAUAUAUCACAAGCGAUGUCCGAUGUUUAUUUAUGGAAAACUCAGAAUAUAUGAGCUUUGACCUUACUGAGUUAGAUCGCGUAUCUAUUCGUAUAGAAUCAGAUCAUGUCAAAGGACGUAUAUUGGAUGGUAAAACGAUGCUUGACCUUUUAACCGACUAUACUUUGUUCACUGGAAGGAUGCUUCACUUGCCCGACUGGACCUCCGAGGGCUUCAUCGCUGGCAUUCAAGGAGGCAAGGAAAAAGUGAAAGAUGUGAUCAAGAGAUUGAAAGAGAAAGAGAUUCCAUUGGCAGCAGUCUGUAUAGAGGAUUGGACAGGACAGCGUACACUGCAUGCCGGCCGCGGCAUACAGUUCUCUCGUCAAUGGUGGAAUUGGGAAAGCGAUGAUGAGCAGUACCCUGGCUGGGACAGUUUUGUCUAUGAAUUAGAGAGCGACAAUGUGCGUGUGUUGUCAUAUGUCAACCCUUGUCUGUCAAACAUUAGUGGAAAAGGCAAAUUUAAAAAGAAUUUAUAUGCUGAAGCUCAGGAUAAAGAAUAUCUCGUCAAAAGCACACAAACCAGUUCUUCUGAUGCCAAGGCCUUGUCUUUGAAAUUUGGAUUAAACCUGGAAGCUGGUCUUUUGGAUCUGACAAAUCCUGAUGCACGCGAUUGGUUCAAAAAUAUCUUGAAGGAGCAAGUAUGGAGUAGCGGUAUCUCUGGCAUGAUGGUUGAUUUUGGAGAGCAGUUACCAUACAACCCUAGUACGGUUAUUCUACAUUCAAAUGAACCUUCAUCCAGCUAUCACAACCACUAUCCUGAAGAUUGGGCUGCAUUACAUCAUGAAUUGAUAAAAGAACUUGGAAAGGAAGAGGAUAGUUUAUGCUUCUUUAGAUCUGGAUAUCUACACUCACCACAAUACAUGAACCUGUUUUGGGCUGGACGUCAAAAUGUCACCUGGGAUCAGCAUCAAGGAAUCAAAAGCGCGGUCAUUGGCAUGCUCUCUGGUGGCUUCUCUGGAUUUUCUGUGACACACUGCGAUGUUGGUGGAUACAACACAGUUGUCAAUAAUAUUCCAGGAUUCAAAAUGCUGCGAUCAAAGGAAUUGCUGCUCAGAUGGAUGGAGCUUGCCGCAUUUACUGCAGUAUUUAGAACAACUGAAGGAAUCAUACCUUCUAUGAAUUCUCAGUUUUAUGAUAAUGAUGAUACGUAUGCUCAUCUAGCUCAUACCAUCAAGCUGUUCACAACAAUUAAAGAUUACAGAAAGCAAGUACUAAAGGAAGCGUAUGAGAAAGGGUGGCCAUUGAUGCGCCAUCCUGUACUCUACUAUCCCAAUGAUAAAACCGCACGAGAACUCACCUAUCAGGAAUUCCUACUGGGAAGCUCUCUACUGGUAGCUCCUGUUCUAAGUCCAUCUGCAUCCUAUGUGAAAGUUUAUUUCCCCAAGGACGCUCAAGAUGUGCUCUGGCGUCACAUUUGGACUGGAAAAUACUAUCCUGGUGAUGGUACCUAUAAAGCUAUUGAUGCUCCUCUUGGUCAGCCUGCUGUUUUUGUUAAAGAACCGCGAGACGAUGAUGGACUAUUGAAUGACUUGCUGAAUUAUGCAACAACUUACUAUCAACAAAAGGCUCGUCCACCUGCUAAUAAAUAAAUAGUUUUUUUUUUUCUUUAAUGUGUGCUUAAGUUUUUCUCGGAUAUUAGUCA